GAGGCUCUGAUUGGUCAAAAGCUUGGAACCAGGUAGCGGAAGCUCGACGCGGCACGAGCUGUCAACAACACACCCUUUCAUUGUCUCAUGGAACCACCGCUGCUUCCCCGUGAGUCUGGCCAGUUCAUCGCAGAGCGGAGUCGGGAUGUGUUUGUGGAGGAUGAAGGAGUGCAGAAGGUGGCAGAGAUGCUGUACUCUCUGCAACACAGUGACGUCCUGACUGCCAGUGGCUGGAAAAAGGCAAAUCCACUGGCCCCAGCACCCACUUCUGACGAGGCUUUGAACUGGGUGUUUGUAGUCGACACCAUGAACUUCUCCUUUUGGCCAGAGAAAGAAACCCAGCAGUGUGAGGUGACGUAUAAAGGGACCACGUACACAGGUUACAUGACGCUUUGUGCUGCCAUCACCAGGGCCAUGGAAGAAGGUUUACCCAUCACUGAUCCAAAGUACUUCUCUAAGAUGAGUGUGGAGGAGUUGGGACACGUCCUUCGGUCUGACAAUGAAACGCCCAUGCCGAUGCUGCAGGACCGCCACAAGGUGCUGACAGAAGGCGGCCUUGUGUUGCUGGAACACGGCGGAAGUUUCCGCAGUUUCAUCAGUCACGCUGGGAACGAUGCCCGGAAGAUGGUGGAGCUCGUCGUGGAUAAGAUCCCCUCCUACAGGGACGAAUCUACCUAUGAGGGGAAGAGAAUCUCACUCUACAAGCGAGCCCAGAUCCUGGUGGCAGAUUUCUGGGGUGUCAUGGAGGCCAGAGGAGAGGGAGACAUCAUUAACAUGGACUGGCUCACCAUGUUUGCCGACUACAGGGUCCCACAGGCCCUCGUGUACCUUGGAGUACUCCGAUACUCUGACUCACUGAUGCAGACGCUGAAGAAUGGUGAGCUGUUGUGUUCAGGGGACAGGAGAGAGGUGGAGAUCCGAGGUUGUUCCAUUUGGUCCAUGGAGCUGAUCAGAAGCCGACUUUGCGAGCUGGUGCAGGAGAGAGACGGACAGACAUGUGACAUCAACUCUGCCAUUAUAGACUUCUACCUGUGGCCUUAUGCCAAGCUGCAUCACAAAGAGAUGGCGCACAUUCCCAUACAUCACACUCGCUGUAUUUACUACUGAUGAUGAGGUAUUUCAAAUAAAGUGCCAGAGCUUU